AUGCUUUUGAAGGUGGUGCUGAUUCUCUUCAAUUUUCAUCUUACUUCUGCAACAGAUCCAGAAUAUCAUGUGUUGGUGUUAGGAGAGUAUGCUAACGAAGGCACUGUUGUACUUUUUAAUGGUACAGAGUUAUACCCACUCUGUUACGAUGGCUGGGACGACGAAAAUGCCGCCGUAGUUUGCAGGAUGAUUGGCUAUACGAGUGACGGAGCCAUUGCUGUCCAAAGCAACGCAACUUUUGGCAUGACAUCAUAUCAAUAUGACUGUAAUGGAAACGAACAGUUGCUUCAGAACUGCCCAGUCAAUGUCACAGAGUGUUCAAUGCAUGGAGGGGUGGUCUGCUCCAAAGACCCCAUACCAACUGAUUUCUUCCUCCUUGCCAUGGGAAGUUCCAUCGUCCGAGUGGAUCGUUUUCACGAGGGCCUUACUGUAAUCAAGUUUGACACGUCACGCUACUUUUUUGACAUCGGUUAUGAUUUCAUCGAACAAGAGAUCUUAUGGACGGACGCAUUACUGAAGCAGAUAGCAAAAUGUGAUUUUAAUGGAGGGGAGAUAACCAUUAUAUAUCAAUCGGGAAACGCUUCCGCAAUGCACGGCAUCGCAGUCGACAGUGACUCUCGCCUGAUAUUCUAUACUGAUGCCGGAUAUCAUGAAAUUGGUGUCGUACAUGCAGACACAUUGACAAGAACUGUACUAAUUAAUUCGUCAUUAGAUAAACCCGGAAAGAUAAUCAUCGACUACAAUACCAGAAAGAUUUAUUGGGCAGACUGGGGAGAGAACGCAAUGAUUGAACGUUCAAAUUAUGACGGAUCUGACAGAGAGGUGCUCGUCAGCGCAGGGCUUAUCAACCCAAAUGGCCUAGUAUUGGAUGGCGACCUGUUGUAUUGGUGUGAUGCUGACUAUGGCGUAAUAGAAAGAAUAUUCAGGAACGGAACAGGAAGAACUGUCAUUUAUACCACAGGAUUUGCCCACUGCUUUGAUUUUGUUCUAGUUGACGACUAUUUCUAUUGCAAUGAUUUGAACUUAACUAAUAUCAUCAAACUUGCAAAAGACGGAAGUGGAUAUUCUGCAUAUGGCCCACCUUUACCCACACGAUAUGGCAUUGUUUAUUAUCGAAAAGGUAAUUUGACUAAAUAA